AUGAAUCUCUCGGCUAAACGAACAAGCAGAGGUGGUUCGCCUCAAAGGGAGGACGCCUUCUCCAUCGUAACGGACAACAUUGGACUGGAUAGUAUCCGGCAUGGUAUCGGAAGGAAAUUCGCGACUCUGAUGCAACUUCGCAAGGAGAUUCAAGCAGACAGCCGUGCGACCAACAACGACAAAUGA